CAUUCAUUAAAAUAAAAUGAUUUAUACAAAACAAUUUUGGUCAGCGUGUUUAUGCUGUACGAGGGUUAUAGUCUUUACACAAUCCUACAUUCUUUUUUUUAUAUCUUUAAUAACUUUUAAUAAAAAUGAUGCUGUGAAUUCAAAGAAAAGUAUUUUUUUGAAUUGGUUAAAAAAAAAAAAAAAAAAAAUAUUUUUUAUUUUUUAUGUUGGCUUAUUCUUCUCUUAUUUCACACGUGUUUUGUGUUUAGUGUGUUUAUUGCUCGACAUUUGCAUCGUUUUAGCGGAAUAUUUUUCAGAGAAAAUUUAACCAAUUUAUUGGAUAUAUUUUUUUUAAGCCUUUCAAUUAUUUUGAUGUUGUGUGAUACUUUUUUUCAUUUAAUACCCCAAGCAUUUCAAAUGGCUUCUCAUAAUUUCACAAAUUCUUUAUCAGUAUGGGAAUGCUUUACACUCGGGUUCUCCGCUUUGAUAGGAAUGAUUUUUGUAGUAAUUGUUCAUACAGUUCUGAGCUUCGUUAACUUUUAUUAUCAAUUUCAAAAUCCACCCUUAUCGUGCGCUUCACAAGACAAAUCAUUGACCAAAAAUGGAUCCUUUUUUUCUAUAAAAAACUCUUCUCCAUCUCAAAAAAACAAGAAACAAAAUAGAUCUAAUUUCGCUUGUUAUGAUUCUUCCACUGUUCAUGAAAAGCAUGCCUGUCACGUUCCAUUGAAAUUGUUACUUGAAAACACGGAAAAUGUUUCAAAUAAUACCAACCUUCAACAUAUCCCUCAUUUUCACAAGAUUAAACAAGACCGUGAAUUGACCUUGGCCCAUACAACGCUUUUAUCGUCAGCCUUACAUAAUAUAGUGGAUGGUAUUUUUGUUGGAAUCGCACAUAAAACAGCUUAUCAACAUCAAUGUAUUACUACGGGAAUGACCCUUUUUUUCCAUGAAGUACCCUCGCAAAUAACGAAUGUUAUUUUACUCAAGCGUGCCGGCUAUGCAGACUUUGAUGCUUGUCUUCUUAAUCUUUUAGCUACUGGAUCUUUUUAUGCUGGGAUUAUCAUGAUAUUUUCAGGUUUUAGUGGUGAAAAUCAUUUUGGACUUCAUAUUGCUACAGCAUCCAAUUUUUUAAUACAAUCACUAACAAUGCUCUUACCAGAAUUGCUUAGUUUAUUUUCGUUUUGUUCACUUAUUCAAGUCAUUAUAUACAAAAAAAUAACUCACAUUCAAGAAAUUUUGACGUGCAUGUCGGCUAUUAUCUUGGGGUUUUUAUGUACGAUAGGCUUACUUUUUUAUGAACAUAAUUAAUUGUUACUACCAACUCAAAGAAAUAAACUAGUUUUUUUUUAGAACUAUAGAAUUAAACAUGA